UGUUUUAGAUCGUUAACCAGAGUUAAAUAACAAAUAAAUAAAUAUAAUGGCAGUACACAAAGAUGAAGUUGUAAUAUCAGGUAUCGGUGGAUUGUUUCCAGAAAGCAAUAAUAUAACUGAGUUAAGCGAUUUGUUAUUCCAAAAAAAAAAUGGAGUAACUAUUGAUUCAAGGAGAUGGAAACCAAAUAAACUAGGUGCAUUAAGUGGAACUGGAAAAAUUAAAAAUAUUGAUACAUUCGAUUCCACAUUCUUCAGGGCUCACCCAAAACUUGCUCAAGUUAUGGAGACAAUGACAAAAAUAUGCUUAGAAAGAUCAAUAGAAGCGAUUAUCGAUGCCGGUUUGAGUCCAGCAGACUUGCAUGGAACAAAUACAGGAGUAUUUCUGGGAUCUGCAAUAAGUGAAACGGAAUUGUCAGCCGUAUAUAACGAUUCAUUUGUAGGAUUUGUGAUGUUAGGUAGUAGUAGAACAAUGCAAGCAAACCGACUUUCUUUUAUUCUCAAUUUGACAGGACCUAGUUUUACCAUGGACGGAGGAUGGAUUUGUGGCUCCGAUGGUUUGAAAAAAGCAAAAGAAAUGAUUGAAAAUGGUUUAUUAUCAUCUGCGAUUGUCGGGGUUACUAAUCUCACACUUCGACCAGAAUUACAAUUCCUAUAUGAAGGUUUGAAUAGAUUAAACAAAAGUGAUCAAACUAAACCAUUCAGUUCUGACGCUGACGGGUAUAACAGAUCAGAAGCUUGUAUUGUUUUUUAUCUUCAAAAAGCUUCUGAAGCCAAACGUUCAUACGGAACAUUGUUGAAUGUAAAAUCAAUGCAGUUUGGUAAUCAUGAUGGGACCCUAACCGAGCAUGAUGGAAAUCACUUUAAAUCAUUGCUAUUAGAUUCUUAUAAAGAAGCUGACAUAGAUCCGGCUACAGUAGAUUUCAUAGAAGCUUACGGAUCGGGAAUUAAGAGUGAAGAUGCUAUGGAAUUAAAUAUCAUGGAAGAAGUGUUUUGUACUGAAAAUAGAAGGACACCUUUAAAAGUGGGUUCCGUGAAAAGUAACGUAGGUCACUGUGAAGUGUCUAGUCUCUUUAUGUCAAUUGUUAAAGCCAUCAUUACGCUAGAAAGUGGAUACAUACCACCUAACAUAAAUUACACAGGACCAAAUAAUAAUGUAGCAGCGUUAAAGAAUGGAAAAAUUCAAGUAAUAACUGAAAAAACUCCUUUUGUUGGAGAUAUAAUCGGAAUCAGUUCAUUUGGGUUAUUAAAUGCAUUUAGCCAUGUAAUCCUUAAGAAAAAUCAGAUCGUUAAUAACAUAAUUGUGGACAAACAUAAUUCUACCAAUAUACCCCAAUUAAUAUUGGUAUCAGGGCGGAAUGAAGAAAACGUUAAAGAAGCAUUAAACCAGAUUAAAAGUCACGGAAACAAUGCAGAGUUUGUGUCAUUGACUAAUGACGUAUUCACUAGAAAUAUCAAUGGCCAUUUCUUUAGGAGUUUUAACAUUUUCCCUCAGUCAGAUGAGUCACGAAUAGAUGAUGUUUGGAAUGUUACUUUGAAACGUCCGGUAUGGUUUAUAUUCUCUGGUAUGGGAUCACAAUGGCAAGGAAUGGGUACAGAUCUUAUGAAAGUUCCAGUUUUUGCUGACGCUAUAAACAAAUGUGAUGUUAUACUAAAACCAAAAGGCGUUGAUAUUAAGAAUAUUUUGACCAGUCAAAAUCCAAAACUUUUUGACAACAUUCUCAAUUCAUUUGUCGGUAUCGCUGCGGUUCAGAUUGGACUAGUAGAAGUGUUGAGAGCAUUAGACAUAACACCCGAUGGAAUCAUAGGCCACUCGCUCGGAGAAUUGGGAUGUGCUUACGCUGAUGGUUGUUUUACGGCUGAAGAAAUGCUAUUAGCUUCUUACGCCAGAGGUCAAGCUACUCUAGAAACAGACGUUAUUCCUGGCAUGAUGGCCGCCGUUGGACUUGGAUAUGACCAAAUCAAAGACAGACUUCCCAAUGACAUCGACGUCGCUUGUCGUAAUAGUGCCACUAGUUGCACAAUAUCGGGUCCAGUUGAAAGCAUCAAAGAGUUCGUGUCACAACUAAAAUCCGAAGGUGUCUUCGCAAAAUCCGUUAACGUUGGUGGCAUAGCGUUUCACAGUAGAUAUAUUCAAUCCGCUGGUCCGACUCUACUUAAAUAUUUAAAAGAUGUGAUCAAAGUACCAAAGAAAAGGUCGUCUAAAUGGCUUAGUAGUUCGUUGCCAGAAACUGAAUGGGAGUCUGACCUCGCAAAAUAUUCUUCUCCAGAAUAUCAUACAAACAAUCUAUUGAGUAGUGUGUUAUUCGAGGACGUUUUAAAUCACAUACCAAAAGACGCGAUUACAAUUGAAAUUGCUCCUCAUGGCCUUCUUCAAGCAAUUAUAGAAAGAGCAUUACCUGAAAUGGUAACCAAUAUUUCAUUGACGAAAAGAAUGUAUGGAGAUUCGGUUCGAUUCCUACUUACUUCUAUAGGAAAAAUGUAUGCCAAUGGAUUAAAUCCCAAAAUAAAAGAGCUGUAUCCAACAAUAAAAUAUCCUGUAAGUCGUGGAACACCAUCAAUUUACGGUUUACCGUUUUGGGACCAUACUGAAAAAUGGUCAGUCAAGAUAUUGGAAUUAGUAAAAUCUGGUGAGCAAAUAUCUUCAUUAGUGGUUAAUGAUGAUAAACAUUUAGCUGAGUACCAAUUGCAUGGUCAGCAUAUAAUACCAUUUUCAUUUAUAUUAUUUGAUGUUUGGAAGACAUUUAUUGAAACAAAUUCUAAAAGUUUGUACGAAAGCCCGAUUCAAUUUAAAAAUCUUCGGUUCAAAAAUAAUGUCAAAAUUCAUCCAACUGACACUUCUGAUUGUACUAUAAUGAUUCAAUUGGGAUCUGGUAUUUUUGAGUGCGAUGUCGACAAUGAGGUUAUUUUAUCAGGCGAAAUAAGAUUUGUAAACGAUAAAGUCUUGGAUACAACUGAAGAAAAAUCAAUACAUUUAGACGAAACAACUGACGACUUCCUUGACUAUGUAUCAGAAAAUGAGAUAUAUUCUAUUUUAAAAAAUAAUGGAUUCAAUUUGGGAUUCAAAAACAUUACGAAUUAUAAAAUGUAUAAAAAUUAUAUCCAAGGUUCCGUUAAAUGGGAAAAUGACUGGAUAUAUUUUUUGGAAGGGUUAUUAAAGUUCCCAUUUUUGGAACAUUUAGGUACCGGCCCGAUAGAAAUUCCAAUUUAUAUAAGAGAAAUGUAUAUAAAUCCUGCGUUAUUUGAAAACCGUUCAGAGAAAGGUAUAAGCGUCAGUUACAACAAACUAUCAAAUGGAGUAACUUGUGACGGAAUUAAAAUAUUAGGGGUUAAAAACGGACCCAUAUCAUUACCCAUACUUAACACUGCGGUAGUGAAAUUACAAGAAAAAUCCUUUACUAAAUUCAACAACUUAAAAUGCAAAAACAUCAGCGAUUUCGUUCAAUAUUCUAUGGAUAUAAUAAUGGAGAUUGAUAAGUUAAAUUUCGGAACAAGUGGAAAAAUUAUUCUCAGUACUCCAUAUCAUUACGACGAUCCAGUAGCUAAAUCAUGUACAAAUGAAAUCAAAAAAAUUGUGGAAAACAAAUUAUCUAUAAAUAGUAAAACUAUAAACUGGGAAAACAUUAAGGACGUAUCAGAUGUUGAUGAAUCUGCAAGGUUUAUCACCGUGUCAAAUGUAAACUAUUUGCAAGAUACAACGAGAGUAUUAGCCAAUAAAAAAAAUAGUUUUAUUAUUGUAUGUUCCUUGAAAAAACUUCAAGAACUCAAAGACUGGAAAAUAAUUACACAGCAGGAAUUCGACAAUAACUGUUGUUUAACAUUGAUGAAAAAGAUUAUAAUGUUAGAGGACAAGAGCGCAUUUAUUAAACCAACCAAUGAUAAUUGUGACUUGAGCAUUUGGAGAGCAUUAGACACAAAUAAUUCAUCAACUGGGAAAAUUUAUAUAAUUUCAAUGUCUGAACCAUUAGAAGGCAUCUCCAUUUAUGUUAAAGAAAUGUUGCAUAAGUAUAAAUCAAAUAAAUUAAGAUUCUUGUUCAUUUUGGAUUCAAACGCACCCGAUUUUGACAAGAACAAAUCAUUUUAUGCAAUUCAGCUAUCGAAAGAUUUAUUAGUAAAUAUCUAUAAAAACGGUGAUUGGGGUUACUACAAAAGAAUUGUUCUUCAAGAUAUAAAAGAUGAUAUUAAGGUCAACGAAAAUAAAUUGUAUAAACAUUUCACUAAAAAUAGUAAAAAACAAAUUGACAAUAAAAUAUCUAGGGUUGAAUUUCAAAGAUAUAGUUAUAGAAGAAAAUACCGAAAAUGAAUUUGGACCAUUGGAAUACUCGGGGCAUAUUGAUAAUAUAACCACAAUGGGAAUCACCUCGAUCAAUAAUAUGUCUUCUCAAAUUAUUUAUGACCCAGUAUUAUCAUGGCCUGUUCCGUCGACAUGGUCACUAGAAG